AUGCCCUCCAAGCGGCCGUCCCCGCACGCCAUGGACGAAGCCGCCUCCGCAGCCGCCGCGCGCCUCCGCCCCUCCACCCCGCGCUCCAAGAAGCGCACCUCCCGCUCCAAGUCCCGCGGCCGCUCCCGGGACCGCCGCCGCUCCUCCCCGAACCCUAACCCUAGCUCCCGCCGCGAGCGCGCCGCGGACCACGGCUCUGCCGCCGCGCCCUCCCGCAAGAGCGACCGCAAGCCCAAGCCGCGCUCCUUCCCGGACUCCGCCACGCUCGCCACGGCCAUGGCCUCGGUCGCCGCCGCCGCCGCCUCCUCCGCGGCCCCGGCGUCCGGCGGGGCCGUGCAGCGCGGGCGCCGUCCAGAAGCUCUGGACCGAGACUCCCUCGCUCCGCACCUCGACCAGGCCAAGGUGUACUACAAGCUCAAGCGCCUCAAGAGCAAGUUCCAGCACUCCGUGCCGGGCGAAUCCAGCACCGCGCACGAGCACCGGCUGCGCGACCUGGGCGCGGCCCUCUGGGGCGCUGAGCUCGCGCGCCCUGAAGAGAAGGCCAUCGCGGUGGCUGAGGAGGCCGACGAGGAUGACGCUGACGAGGGAUUCGUUGGCGGGGAUAGGGAGGGGGCCGUGAAGCUUCCUAUGGUCAAGGAGGUGCUUGGAGAGUACUGGAGGCUCAACGGGCAGACCAUGUCAGGUGUGUCGCUGGAGAAGGGGUUGGCGAUGCUUGGGCCACAGGAGGCUAGUGUGGCCGAGGUCAAAUGGAGGCGACAGCUUGAGGCAGAUAUGCGCAUGCAGAUGCGCCGGCAUGAUCUGGAAAAGGAGGUCUAUGGCCUGCUCAUCGAUGCCAUCAAAGGCCUAGGGCCUUAG